AUGUGCAAUGGUGAUGAUUUGGGCCGUCCUUGGAGUGAGAACGAAGGAGUCGAAGGUAACACCUUCGUCGUCACUGGAGGUCUCGGCUUCGUCGGUGCCGCCCUCUGCUUAGAGCUCGUUCGCCGUGGAGCUCGCCAAGUCCGCUCUUUCGACCUCUGCGACUCUUCUCCUUGGUCCGAUGAUCUCAGAAUCAGUGGCAUUCUCUGCAUCCAAGGGGAUUUGACUAAGAAAGUAGAUGUAGAUCGUUCAUUAGAUGGAGCGGACUGUGUUUUGCAUCUUGCUUCCUAUGGAUUCCCCUCUUUGGUGAAUUUACUUGCCAAAAUGCUAUCUUGGCUGAGCGGUUCAUUGAAGGAGGUAGCGCGUUUAGCUUCAGGCAUAGUGCCUGGUUUGUUUGAAGAUAGUAGGUAUAAGUCUGAAUCAAAGAAACCAUCUUUGAAGUCUGUUGAUAUCAUUGGAUUUGGAACUGGUCCUGCGCUAGAGAAGAAGAUGAAGUAUGAUGAUGAUGUUUCUUACGGUGUGAUUUUCGGGAGAAAACUCACUAACUCUCAUGUUUUAUGGUUUGUUGAGUUGUCCUAUUCUGUUUUUGGUUUUGUAUUUUGGCACAUAUCAAGAUUACAACUAAACUUUUUUCCCAUUUGUAAUUUCUACUUCUAUUUUAAUAUGCUUUUGUGUUUUGUAUGUUUAAAAGUUUAUGAAAUGCAAUAAUAAAAUCUUCAUUGUUUAAACAUUUAAA